AAAAAUUUAAAAAGGCCCGGAAUACAGCCGAAGUUAAGGCUCCAUUUAUGACAAAUCUCACUCAUCUCGCCUGCAACAAACCUGUCACACUCCUUAACGGCUCUCUUUUUUCUUGAACUGCCAUUGUUGCAUGAUUACAUCACACUUAAACAUAUUACGUAUUUGUAUGUUUCUUUAACUUCUUAAAAGCAACUCCUUCACGUGUUCCCUCAGACUCUUUGAGACUCAUUCUCACUACACUUUCAGUUAAAAAGGGCUAGUACUGAAAUUCUGAGAAUUUAUUGUUAGACUUCAUUUUCUUGGAUUUUGAGAACAUGGGUCGUCUUAUUUUGUGGUUUGUUGUGUUGGGUUUUCUUGUGUUAGGUAGUUAUGGAUACCCCGAAGAGGAUCUAGUGGUGAGUUUACCUGGUCAGCCUAGAGUUGGGUUUAAGCAGUAUGCAGGGUAUGUUGAUGUGGAUGCUAAGAAUGGGAGGAGCUUGUUUUACUAUUUUGUUGAAGCUGAAGCUGAUCCUCAUCUUAAGCCUCUUACUCUUUGGCUCAAUGGAGGCCCAGGUUGUUCCUCGAUUGGUGGUGGUGCCUUCACAGAAUUGGGUCCAUUUUAUCCUACAGGGGAUGGGAGAGGCCUUCAAAGAAAUUCAAAAUCAUGGAACAGGGCAUCAAAUCUUCUGUUUGUUGAGUCUCCAGUCGGUGUAGGAUGGUCGUACUCAAACAACACUGCAGAUUAUACUCGUGGGGAUGCUGCUACUGCCAUGGAUAUGCACAUGUUCAUGAUGAAAUGGUUGGAGAAGUUUCCAGCUUUUAAAACCAGGGAUUUAUUUUUGACAGGAGAAAGUUAUGCAGGGCAUUACAUUCCACAGUUGGCUAUUGCUCUUCUGGAUCACAAUGAACAUUCAAAAGAUUACAAGUUCAACAUUAAAGGAGUGGCUAUUGGCAAUCCCCUCCUCAGAUUAGAUCGCGAUGUACCAUCGACAUAUGAAUUCUUCUGGUCACAUGGUAUGAUCUCAGAUGAAGCUGGUCUCGCUAUCAUGAACGAGUGUGACUUUGAUGAUUAUACCUUUGGCAGUCCGCAUAACGUAACAGAUGCAUGCAACCAUGCUAUAUCUGAAGCAAAUGAUAUGAUUAGUGAUUAUAUAAACAAUUAUGAUGUGAUUCUUGAUGUGUGUUACCCAUCAAUAGUACAGCAGGAGCUGAGACUAAGGAAACUGGCUACCAAAAUUAGCAUCGGUGUAGAUGUCUGCAUUACCUAUGAAAGAAGCUUCUAUUUCAACCUUCCUCAGGUUCAGAAAGCUCUUCAUGCAAAUCGGACCAGUUUACCAUAUCGCUGGUCUAUGUGCAGCAAUCGGCUGAACUACGACGACAAAGAUGGCAACAUUAACAUUCUCCCAUUGCUUAAAAGAAUAAUCGAAAACCACAUUCCUGUUUGGAUUUUUAGUGGUGAUCAGGAUUCUGUUGUACCACUACUUGGCUCCCGGACACUGGUUCGUGAACUGGCUCACGACUUAAAGUUCAAUAUUACCGUGCCAUAUGGAGCUUGGUUUCACCAGAAACAGGUGGGAGGCUGGGCAACUGAAUACGGAAAUAUGUUAACCUUUGCAACAGUAAGAGGUGCAGCCCAUAUGGUACCCUAUGCCCAACCAUCACGAGCUCUGCAUCUCUUCAGCUCUUUUGUAAGAGGCCGGAGACUGCCAAAUAAGACACGUCCUUCAAUUGAUGACUAAACGCAAGCUGAGAAGAUCAAGGCAGAUAGCAUUCUGGACUUAAACAACACAGUUGAGUUAUCUAUAGUGAUAAAGGCAGUAUAAAUAGUGAUGACAGGAAAAGAAAGAACAAAAUAAAGAACCUUUGUAGUUCAUGAAGUAGAACUAAGAGGUUGCACGCUUAUCUGGUAAAAUGUAGACCAAUGCUUUCUUAAUUUACAGAUAAUGUUAUUAUGAAAGAGGUUUAACAUCUCCUUAAAAGGCA